AAGCGGAGAACACGCAUAUAUGUGGGACGAUUGAUACACCCCCCGGCAAAAAGAGAAGAAAAAUCAGUUUCUAUGAGUGCUACCGACCGAUGCGCACGCAUCUCCGCGUCCGUGUAUAUUUGAAUUAAAUAAAAGUUAUUUUACGUUUUUCUCAACCACUCCUUUCCCUCUUUUCCACAUGGGGGCUCGUCCGGGAAGGAGUUAAUCGAGAAAUUGUCCGGUCGACGCGCGAAAUUCGCGAAAAAGUGCGGUUUUAGUUCGAUUUGGUGAAAACGCGGAGUGAAGCCAAGAUGGCGGAACAAGUGAACGAAUUGUGCAAAGUUUUCACCAAAGCUAGACUCGAGCGAGAGUGCGAGAAGCGUGGCCUGUCUCGCGAAGGAUGUAAGAAAGAGAUGGCCCAACGAGUAGCAUACCACGAUAUGACGCUGGUUGCAAACGACGGUCGUGUUCGUGCCGACGGCGAGGUACGAGACGGCGUGCAACACAACGACGGUGGCAACGACGGGCCACAUGACGAUGGUGGUAUUGGUGGCCGAAACGACGAAGGUGACAACCACGAAAAUGACGGCAACAGUGCAGACGGCGGCGUUCACCGCAACGACGGCGGUAACGACGGCGGCAUCGACGAUGCCACCGAAGACGAGGAUGACGACAACGAUGAUGCCAAUGACGGCAGCUCCGACGGCGGACACAGUUGUGUUAGUGAGAGCUCCAGCAAGUUUCUCACGGCGCUGACGAGAAACCGACGCAUGUCCACUCCGAAAGACCGUGAUCGUGUUACGACUGAACGACGCCAGCCGUACUCGUUCAGAGACGUAGAGGACAGCAUCGACACGUUCGGCGCCGAAGAUGGACAGGACGUGAAACUGUGGAUGUCGCAGUUCGAAGCGAUGUCCCGUACAGCUUUGUGGAACGACGAACAGAAGCUCAUCAUGUGCAGGAAGAAGAUGACUGGCACAGCCCGUCGAUUUAUGUUUGCGCAACGAGAUCUGACAUCGUUUGCCAAACUGAAGAGUGCCCUCAUCAAAGAGUUUGCCCCUUUCAUCCGUGCAAGUGACGUCCACCGCCAGCUAGCAGCGCGGAAGAGAAAGCCGAACGAAGCUAUCCGUGACUAUAUUUACGAGAUGCAACGCAUUGCUCUCUCCAUCGAUCUCGACGAGCCGAGCAUUUGCGAGUACGUCGUCGACGGCAUAACCGACGAUGAAUUCCACCGAUCGCUGUUGUACGAGGCGCAAACCAUCCGUCAGCUGAAGGAGAAGUUGCUGAAUUUUGAGAAGGUGCAGAAGAAGAGUGGCGCAAAGCCGAAGCCACACGAAGGCCAGAAGAAAAAGGACCAGCGUGAAAAGGAGUGCAAAAAGUCGUCGGAAAAACUUGGUUCGAAGAAGUACUGCUUCAAUUGUGGUGAUAGUGCUCACGUCGCGGGUGAUUGCCCUCAGAAGAGUGAUGGGCCGAAAUGCUUUAAUUGCAAUUCGUUCGGACAUUUGUCGCGGGACUGCCCAAAGUCGGGCGAAAAAGUAAAACAGCACGACGGCGGUAAGAAGAGUGCUUCGAAAGUGAACACGAUGAAAAGUGCUACGAGUGCCAAUCCUUCUGUGUUGGUGAAAAUUGGCGAACACGAUGUCAGUGCAACCGUCGACACGGGGGGAAGCGAGAUUUCUCUUGUCCGAAAUGAUUUCUGGUUGGAGUUGGUGAAGAAUGGCGCCCAGAUGAAAAAAUUGGACAUGAAAGUGCGCGGUUACGGAGGCGAUGUGAAGGCUGUGUGUGGGGAAUCAGUGCUAAACAUUUCGAUCGAAAAUGAAGUGUACGAGAUCCUUGUUUACGUUGUGCCGCAGCAAGCGAUUGAUAUGAAGAUGCUGAUCGGGAUGGAUUUUUUUCGUGUUGUUGAUUAUUCCAUCACCCCGCACGGCGUUCAAAUCAAGAAGAUCCCGGUGAUUGAACCGGAAUGCGACGCAAAGUGGAUCCGCAGGAUCGAAGAAUACGUUGGGAAGAACGAAACUGUCGUACCGUAUCAGUACCGUGAAGAAGUGAUGAAUCUGAUCGAGAGCUAUGAGCCGGAGUCGUCUGUGACGGCGUCGAAUACGCUGAAAAUUAAACUGUGUGACAAUGAUGUUGUGUGCGUGAAUCCGCGACGGUUGGCUCCUCUCGAGAGAGACGUCGUCAAGAAGCAAACCGAUGAGUGGUUGGCAAACGGUAUCAUCCAGCCAUCCGAGAGCGAGUACGCGAGUGCCGUAGUGGUAGUGCCGAAGAAAGAUGGGUCGCGUCGGGUGUGCAUUGACUACCAGAAUUCCUACUUCCACGUACCUGUCGACGAAGAAAGCCGAAAAUACACAUCGUUUGUGACAAGUGACGGGCAGUUCGAAUUCCUACGUGCUCCAUUCGGUCUGUGUACCAGUGGAAAUGCUUUCGGACGUUUCAUAAACACUGCGCUGAAAGACCUAAUCAGUGAUGGAACGAUCAUCGCUUUUAUCGAUGACAUUAUCAUCCCGACGGAGAAUGAAGAAGAAGGGAUGCAAAAGUUGCGAAAAGUGUUGAGUGUGGCUGCGAAGGCAGGUUUAAGGUUCAAUUGGGCAAAGUGUGUGUUCCUGCAACGACGUGUGGAGUACAUUGGCUACGUAGUGCACGACGGCCAAGUUGAACCAGCGCCAGCCAAGAUCGAGAAGGUAAAGCAGUUCCCGAUGCCAACGACGGUGAAGCAGCUUCAGCGAUUCUACGGUCUGGCAAGCUACUUCCGAAAGUUUGUACCCUCAUUUGCCAACGUUGCCCGCCCACUAUCAGGUAUGUUAAAGAAAGAUGCCAAAUUCUAUUUUGACGACGAAGCGAUUGCUGCUUUCAAUCGCAUCAAGGAAAUCCUCGCAAGCUACCCUGUUUUGAGGAUAUUCCAGCAAGGCGCCGAGACCGAAGUCCAUACGGAUGCGAGCAAAUACGCUUUGGCAGGCAUUUUGAUGCAACGUGCGGAAGACGACGGUAAGUUCCACCCUUGUUAUUAUUUCAGUCGACUGACCAGUGGCGCCGAACAGAAUUACCAUUCGUUCGAGCAUGAAGCUUUGGCUGCUACCUUCUGAACCUGAAGUUCAGAUGCUACCUUCUGGGCUGUAAGUUCAAGGUCGUCACCGACUGCAGAGCGUUCAAGGACACGCUGACGAAGAAAAAGAUGAACGCUCGUG